AUGAAAUUACUAGCAGGACUGAAAUUCGUGCUGCUGCUGAUGGUGGCGGGUAGCUGCGCGGCGGACGCUGGCAUCUUACAGCAGGCGAACGCACAGCUUGCGAUGGGAAGGUUCACCGACGCAGCAAAUCUCUACACCAAAGCUAUCGACGCUGAUCCGAGCUCUUAUCUAUCGCAUUACAAGAGAGCUACAGCGUAUUUAAGUCUGGGUAGAAACUCAGCUGCGUUGAAUGACCUGGAGACAGUACUCGAGCUACAGCCUUCAUUUGAGCAGGCAAGAAUCCAAAGAGCUAGGAUCUUGUUGAAGGACGGAGAGUAUCACCAAGCCAAAGCGGAGACUGACAUCUAUCAAAAGAAUCACAAGAAUGAUAAAACUGCAAAAGAUCUUCAAUCAAAGAUCAAGAGCUUGGAAAAGCUCACAAACCAAACAGACAAGACACACAAAGCUAGGCGUUGGUCAGAGACUCUUCAAUCGGUCACAAAGGCUAUAGAAAUCGCCAGCAACUCUCUAAGACUUCUACAAAUACGUGUUGAUUGCUUUUUAGCUCUUGGUGACAUUAAUGGGGCUACAAAUGAUUUGAACCGCAUUGCUCACAUUCAGCCUUCAAUUCAAUCUGAUUUGCUUCUUAGACUCGCACAUCUGACCUACUACUACCAAGGCAAACCAGAAGUAUCCUUGAAUCAGAUCAAGCAGUGCUUACACACGGAUCCGGAGUCAAAAGUGUGUAAAAAGUUCUUUAAAGUCCUCAAAAGCGACACGAAAGAUAUUAGUCGUGCUGUCAUGUUCUCUCAAUCAAGCAAUUGGAGAGCGCUGGCUAGUGUUAUUAAUGGCAACAAUGGGUUGUUAAAGAGAUUAGAUGAAGGUAUGAGAAUAGGGAGUAUAGCAAGUGAAUGGCCAGGUCUGACUGAGGCACCAAUACCCAAACAAGUCUACGAUGCAAGCUUCAGUCCAGCACUUAGAAACCGUUUAGUCUCGUGGAGCUGUAAAGCUUACGUUCAGGCAAAUGACCUCAAGAAGGCUGAAAGCUUCUGCGAGGAAACGCUCAAGUUUGAUUCAAACAACCUCGACGCGCUUAUCGGUAGGGCAGAGGGAAUGCUCAAAGCGGAGGAUUUUGAGAAGGCAGUUGAUGUGCUUGAGAAGGCGUUUGAAGCAAGUGGCCGGUCGAAUAGGGAUAUCGCAUCGAGACUUCAACGAGCAAGAAAGCUUCUGAAACAAAGCAAGUCUAAAGACUACUAUAAAGUGCUCGGUGUACCUCGUAGUGCGACUGAUAAAGAAAUCAAGAAGGCAUAUCGUAAGCAAUCUAAAGAAGCACAUCCAGAUAAAGGAGGAUCUGUGGAAGCAAUGGAGAGGCUUAAUGAGGCAUAUGGUGUACUUAGUGACGCAGAACUACGCCAAAGGUUUGAUCAAGGAGACGAUCCAAAUGAUCCAGAGAGUGGACAUGAGCAUCCAUUCCAGCAAGGUGCAGGCGCAUUCCAACACAUGUUCUUCCACAACGGGUUCCCAGGUAGCUUCUCUGGAGGUGGUGGUGGAGGUGGUUUCCCAGGAGGCUUUGGUGGAAGACACUUUAUGUUUAACUUUUAA